AUGGACGUCUUAUGGACGUCCACUGGCGUUGCAAACGGACGUACACUGGACGUCCUUUGUAUGUUUGCUGCAGUUAAUAUGGACGUCCGAUGGACUGAAAGAAAUAAUUUUCGUAUAAUACGAAAAUUUUUACGAGACACUCAAAAUCCGUUUGAUAUUCCGGAGAAAAGAUUUCAAGAAGUAUACAGAUUAUCUCGAGAGGCGUUAUGUGCCAGUUUACAUCCAUAUAUGCCCGAGGGAAAGAAACCAACAGCAAUUCCUUCCGAAUUAAAAAUCUUAGCGACAUUAAAUUUCUUUGCUUCUGGUUCAUAUCAACGGCGAGUCGGCCAAGAUUUUUUAUCUUGUAUGUGCCAAGCGUCAAUAUCUGGAGCAAUUCAUAGUGUUGUAGAAGCACUUAAUCAUAUCAUGAGACAUUGGAUUAAGUUUCCAACGGAACAUCAUGAUAUCGAACUUAUUAAAAGACAAUUUUGGCUUUAUUAUAGAUUUCCAGGUGUAAUAGGUGCUGUUGAUGGCACUCACAUAGCAAUUUGGCCUCCAAACAAAGAACGAGAACAUUUAUAUAUCAACCGAAAACUAUAUCAUUCAUUAAACGUUUUGAUAAUUAGUGAUUUAAAUGGAAAAAUACUUGCCGUAAAUAGUGGCCAUGGAGGAAGAACUCAUGAUGCACGUGUUUGGAAUGCGUCCCAUAUUUCAUUGCAUUUACAACAACAGUUUCAAAAUGGACAAAGAAAUACUUGGCUAUUAGGAGAUUCCGGAUAUCCCCUAUUACCUUAUUUAAUGACGCCAAAAUUAAGGCAACCGGAAGGAUCACCUUCAGCUCGUUAUACUAAUGCUCACGUAAGGGCUCGAUCAUGUGUAGAAAGAGCUAUUGAAAUGUUAAAAGGACGAUGGAGAUGUCUUAGGAAAGAAAGAGUAUUACAUUAUUCGCCACAGUUCUCAGCUCUUAUUGUAAAUGCUUGUUGCGUGGUCCAAAUAUUGCAAAUUAUCAAGAGACACGAAAUGUAUUAUGACGAGAUAGACGAACAGGAAAGAAAUAUGCCAAUAUACGACGUAGCACAAAAUGUAAAUGGGAAUGAAAUUCGAGAACAAAUUAUACGGCGAUAUUUUACUUAA